AGCAUGUUGGAUAAGCUACUGUAUACGCUAUGUAAACAAAUUAGAUAUACAAUGUCCGUUUUUUUUUUUUUUUUUAAAUAUUUCAUGGUAAGCUGUUGGAAGACGGACGGAUGUUGAAUUGUGGGCAAGUGACCACUAGGGGGCAAUAAUUACUAUAUAUAGUUAGAGCGUAAGCCCUGUUAGGGAAAGGCAUCAUUUACAGAGUGUAACCAUUCAUACCUGUGCUGUAUUCUGCUACAGGACCUCAAACAAGAGAAGCAGAUGGAUGGAUGGAUGGUAGAGUUUAACACACCUUCAACACUGUAGAUUUGCUUCUAACAUUAGCUCUGUAUGUGAGAGUCAGUGAACUGUAAGUGAACUAUUGUCUCUCAAAUGUCCAUGAUUUUUGUGUAUGUGUCCUGUGAUGCACUAGCGUCCCCUUCCAGGAUGCCCAGUGAACAGGACUCUGCUUGGAAUGGGGGACGAGAGACAGGAACAUCUUACAGGUAUAGAUAUGAAAACACAUAGAAAGUUUCUGUGGUAACAUAUGUAAUUUGUUGAAGCAGGCCUAUAUUCAUAUACUAUUGUAUCGUGAAAUGUACAAUGACAUAUAAACGUCCUCCGUCCAUCCAUUUUCCAAACCGCUUAUCCUACUGGGUCGCGGGGGGUCCGGAGCCUAUCCCAAUGGGCACAAGGCAGGGAACAACCCAGGAUGGGGGGCCAGCCCAUCGCAGGGCACACUCACACACCAUUCACACUCACACAUGCACACCUACGGGCAAUUUAGCAACUCCAAUUAGCCUCAGCAUGUUUUUGGACUGCAUGUUCUCCCCACGACGACAUGGAGAGAACAUGCAGACUCCUCACACAUGUGACCCAGGCGGAGACUCGAACCCGGGUCCCAGAGGUGUGAGGCAACAGUGCUAACCACUGCACUGCCAUGCCGCCCAUAUGAAUGUCCUAAUUUUUCAAUAUUAGUGAAAAACAAAAGUACAAAUAACCAAAGAAUAUCUCGACUAAGGAACUCUGAGGACGAACAACACUAUACACGCCGCUACAAAUACUCAGCGCUGUACUGAAAUAGCUGUCCAGAUGAUGGCGCUAGAGAUUAACCGAUAUUCUGUUCUUCACUUACUGGAAAUUUCACUUACUAGAAACGAUCAAUCAUUGAAAAAUACAAUUUCCCUUAUAAUGGAAUUAAUUCUUAGUUUGGAGCGGACAAAAUAGCUAAAAGAUUCCGAUUAGUCAAAUCAUCCAACAAAACUUUCACGCGUGUAAUUGACAACAAAUAAAAGUUAAAUAUUAUAAAACUGAAUAGGCAAUGUCUCCUAAAACUAGUCCCGCAUCUAUGUCUGUAUGUUUGUAUACCUUCGAUUGUAGCCUAUAACGUUUGAUAUGCUACACACAAGUAGUGCUGAAACAUAUAGAUCUCAUUGUCUCUAUAGGGUUGCUGGUAGGUAUCUUUCCAGAACACCACUGUGUAAGCAUAUAGGCAUGCAUCUACUGCCAACAGUUAUAAAAAAUGAUUCUAGUUUUAAGGCGCACCAUCAAGAUUAGGUCAGCGUUUUCACCAGUGCUCAAGCAAAGAUGUAGUCAGCCCUCUGUGUACCAGAGUAGGCAAGUAGCUGGGAGACGAAAGCUGCCUGGUAUCGAAGUUAAUCCCUGCCUUGACGCGGGGUUUGGGGGCUUCUCGGGCGCCCAUUUAUUUUGUGCGUUAGAAGAACCUCCAUUCAGGCAGCCAGCCGCUCGUUCUCUGCCUGCUGUACUGCUGGGCAAACAAGGCAGGAGAUGCAUUCACAGAGAUGCCGUUUGAAAGGCUCGCAGCUGGCUUUUUAACCAUGAGUGAAGUAAAAAGUGGGAAAAGCUCGCUACAAAUAAUGUUCUUUUUCAUCUGACCGAAGGAUGGUCUUUGAAAGGCGAUGGAUGUUUGGAACACAAAUUAUUUGCGGAAUGCGCAGAGGAAGGGUAGAUUAUCAGCAUAAAUGAAAUGAUAGUAAAAUGAUUAUUGAUAAAUUCGACUCUAGAACUAUGGAAAAGAGGGAGAGACUACUAUUUUCCCUAUUUUACUUUAUGGCGGAGUUUUGUCCCAGUUCUCAGCAAGUACUCAGAAUCGGGGGGAUUUUUGAAACACUUGAGAGUGAACCUGUGAGCGUCGAAGAACUAGCCUUCAAAUUUGCUGUGACCAACAUCAACCGAAACAGGACUUUGAUGCCGAACACCACACUGACGUACGACAUUCAGAGAAUCAACUACUUUGACAGUUUUGAAGCUUCUAGAAGAGCUUGUGACCAGCUGUCUCUGGGCGUGGCAGCGAUCUUUGGCCCCUCCCACAGCUCCUCAGUCAGCGCCGUCCAGUCGAUCUGCAAUGCCUUGGAGGUGCCGCACGUGCAGACGCGGUGGAAGCACCCAUCGACGGACAACAAAGACACCUUCUACGUCAACCUGUACCCCGAGUACUCCUCCAUCAGCCGCGCCAUCCUGGAUGUCGUGCAAUUCUACAAGUGGAAGGCUGUCACCGUGGUAUAUGAGGACAGCUCUGGUUUGAUGCGACUGCAGGAGCUGAUCAAAGCUCCGUCCAGGUACAACAUCAAGAUCAAAAUCCGACAGCUGCCCCUCGGGAGCAAGGACGCCCGGACGCUUCUGAAGGAGAUGAAGAAGGGCAAAGAGCUGUUCGUCAUCUUCGACUGCUCCUGGCAGACAGCUGCAAACAUCCUCAAACAGAUAUUAUCACUGGGGAUGAUGACAGAACACUACCACUUCUUCUUCACGACUCUGGACCUUUUUGCCCUGGACCUGGAGCCCUACCGCUACAGCGGCGUGAACAUGACCGGCUUCCGCCUGAUCAACACUGGAAGUGCGCAGGUGGCUGCGGUGAUGGAUCGCUGGUCCAUGGAGCACCUGCAGGCUCCGCCCAAUCCUGACACGGGGCUUCUGGAUGGAGUCAUGACGACAGAGGCGGCCCUGAUGUACGAUGCCGUGUUCAUGGUGGCCGUGGCCUCACAGCACUCCGGCCAGAUGACCGUCAACUCCCUCCAGUGCCAUCGGCACAAGCCGUGGCGUUUCGGCGGCCGAUUCAUGAGCCAGUUCAAGGAGGCUCAGUGGGACGGUCUGACUGGACGCAUAGUUCUCAAUAGAACAGACGGACUGAGAAGAGACUUCGACCUGGAUAUAAUCAGCCUGAAAGAGGAUGGCUUGGGCAAGAUUGCUGUCUGGAACUCCAUCGAUGGCCUCAAUCUCACUGAGACCAAAAAGGAGAAGGUCACCAAUGUCACGGACUCAAUGGCAAACAGGACCCUCAUCGUCACCACAAUUUUGGAAAAUCCAUAUGUCAUGUACAAGAAGUCGGACAAGGCUCUGUAUGGGAAUGAUCGCUUUGAAGGCUACUGCGUGGAUCUGCUGAAGGAGCUGUCAAACAUCCUCGGCUUUACGUAUGAGGUGAAGCUGGUCUCUGACGGCAAGUACGGAGCGCAGAAUGACAAGGGCGAGUGGAACGGCAUGGUGCGCGAGCUCAUCGAUCACAUUGCAGACCUGGCGGUGGCCCCCCUGACCAUCACCUACGUGAGAGAGAAGGUCAUUGACUUCUCCAAGCCCUUUAUGACGCUGGGAAUCAGCAUCCUGUACCGCAAACCGAACGGCACCAAUCCGGGGGUCUUCUCCUUUCUGAACCCACUCUCCCCGGACAUCUGGAUGUACGUCCUGCUGGCCUGCCUUGGCGUUAGCUGCGUGCUGUUUGUCAUUGCCAGGUUUACUCCGUAUGAGUGGUAUAAUCCUCAUCCCUGCAACCCUGACUCAGACAUUGUGGAAAACAAUUUUUCGUUGCUUAAUAGUUUCUGGUUUGGAGUUGGAGCUCUCAUGCAGCAAGGAUCAGAACUGAUGCCUAAAGCUCUCUCCACCAGAAUCGUUGGCGGCAUCUGGUGGUUUUUUACCUUGAUAAUAAUAUCGUCCUACACGGCCAACCUGGCCGCCUUCCUGACAGUCGAGAGAAUGGACUCGCCCAUCGAUUCGGCCGACGAUUUGGCAAAGCAGACUAAAAUCGAGUAUGGUGCUGUGAGAGAUGGUUCCACCAUGACCUUCUUCAAGAAAUCCAAAAUCUCCACCUACGAAAAGAUGUGGGCAUUCAUGAGCAGCAGGAAGAACACAGCCCUGGUGAAGAACAACCGUGAGGGGAUACAGAGAGUCCUCACCACGGAUUACGCUCUGCUCAUGGAGUCCACCAGCAUCGAGUACAUCAGCCAGAGGAACUGCAACCUCACUCAGAUUGGGGGCUUAAUCGACUCCAAAGGAUAUGGUGUUGGGACUCCCAUUGGUUCGCCCUACAGAGACAAGGUGACCAUUGCCAUUCUUCAGCUUCAGGAGGAGGGGAAGCUACAUAUGAUGAAAGAGAAAUGGUGGCGGGGUAACGGCUGCCCGGAUGAGGACAACAAGGAGGCCAGUGCCCUGGGAGUGGAGAACAUCGGGGGCAUCUUCAUCGUGCUGGCCGCUGGUCUGGUUCUCUCAGUGUUUGUGGCCAUCGGCGAGUUCGUUUACAAAGCCAGGAAGAAGACAGAUGCGGAGGAGGUGAGUGCCAGUCAGCCUGCGUGGCUGAACAAGUGCUGAACGCCUCGCUGGAAGUUCUCAGGGCAGGAGAGGAGCAUCGAUGCAGUGCGACGUUAGAACAGAUGUUGGAGAGAAUGAACGGAAAUGUGAAAUUUUGCUUUAUGUGGCCAGCAAAAAUGGUAUGAAGAACUGUAUUACUAUCAUUAGACAAAUGCUGUGCAAAGUUGGUAAUCUUGGAUAUAUUUUUUUUUUUUUAAAAAAGAACCCUAAAAUUUGUUUUGUGGAAGUUUGGUUUAGAUUUCUAAUAUUUUGACAGCCACUUCACUGCCUUAGCAUGGGUAAUCUUCAUACAAUAUCUUGUACAGGAAGCUUCUUUAACUCAGUUGUAUUUGUUUUGUUUUGUUUUGUUUUGUUUUGUUUUGUUUUGUUUUGUUUUGUUUUGUUUUGUUUUGUUUUGCAUGCAGGUUUAGGCAGCAAAAGCAUAACACAGCGUUAAUCAAAUCUACUAAUGAUAAGUAGUGAUUUAGGUCAGAGAGAUCUGCGCCUGUACCUAGUAGAUCAUUUUCCUGACCAAAAUAAGUGAGUCGAAGAAUUCUGACAGCCGUUACUCACACUUCGAACAAUUUGAAGUUGAAGGUGAUGAUUUGCAGAGCAGUGUUGUGUAACCACCCCAUAUCAAGGUGGUUGUUUGGCUAAUUUUGAGUGUACCAUGAUGGGUCAAGUGCCAUUGCUUUUCUGUGUCUGAUGCUUUCCAGAUAGAUUAAGGCAGUGUUCCUCAGCCCGGUCCUUGUGGACCCCCAGGCAGUCCACAUUUUUGCUCCCUCCCAGCUCUCACCUGAAUCAGGUAUUCGGGGUUCUUGAUUGUUUGAUUGUGUUUCAGAUGUGUGGAGCCUGGGAGGGAGCAAAAAUGUGCACCUUCUGGGAGUCCGCAAGGACUGGGUUUUGAAACACUGUAUUAGAGGUUAUAUUGGUCAGAUCUCAAUGCAUUAUUUUUAUAAUUUAUUUGCAUAUGUUUAUUUGAUUUUUUUGUCAUGACCCUUUGCCAUUCAUUUCAUAUGCAAAGGACUUUUGUUUUGCUUAUGAUGUACAACCACAGCGAUCACGUAGGCAGCCUUUCCUAUAUUCCUCGGACACAUGCCUGUUGUCGGACUUAGCGUGUGGGAAGCUCUCUCUGCUAGUUCUCAUACUGUCUGUGCAUUUUGUUGUAAGGUAUGUCUGAAACCUGCUAAAAGCUUACGUUGUUUCCCCCUCAUUCCUCUUAUUUCGUAUCCUCUCUAAGGUUGUGGUGUCUAGGAUUUUCAGCCUUAGAUAUUUAGAAUGAUAUAAGAAGCUUGUGAGAGCUUUACUUACAAAAACAUGUUCUGAGAGCAGAGGGAAUAAUGAUUGGUUUAGAGAAAUAACCAAUCAGAUUGUAGAAGAGGUAGCUCCAAACAACUAGAGGAGGCGGGACGAAGACAUCUGAUUCUUUGGUCCCACCAUCGCUUGGAGACGCCCCCAUUGCAAUAUGAUUGGUUAUCUCACUGCACCUGAUUCAUCGUUCUGCCCUCAGAACAUUUUGUGCAAGUAAAACUCCCAUGAGCUUAAAAGUAGCCCAGCUCACAUUGCUGGGUUUAUCUGCUAGGAUAAACCAGAACUUUUGAAAUGUGUUUUUCCUCCAGUGUUCUCUCUUAGACCAGGGUCAUGGCCAGUUAAAUGGUUGCCAGCUACAUAGAAAUCUCAACAUCCAUAAAAUUACAUUUCAUGGCUCCUGUUUUAAGCUGGCUUGUUCUUUCACUGUCAGGAAUUGCGUUGUUUCAUAAUAGCAUGAAACUGGAGUCAUUUAAUUUGAGACAAGAAAGGACAGCUAGCCGCAUGUUGACGUGUUAUUAAUGUUCUCCUUGACUGAAACAACAGCAAAUAAAUUGAUUUCUGAAAUAUCAAUAUAGGGUGUCUUCUGAAUCUCCAUAAGCUAAGGUUGUCUUUGCGAAUGUCAUUGAUGAACGUAUCAGUCCAAAUUAUGGUUCAAACCCAAGUUGUGCCCCACUUGUGGUGGGGUUGCAUUCUGAUGAAAUUGGAAAAUUGAAAAUAUCGUAAGUUAAAUAUGAAUAUGACACCCUUGAGUGUCUAGCAGACAUAGUGGGCUUGGUAUAAUUUGGAAAAACACAGAAAAACAAAAAGUUUGGCAGCAAAGGGCAGCCACCUGCAGUAGCACCCAUGGAGCUGGGGGUUAAGGGACUUGCUCAAGGACCCAUGGACACGCAACUAUCAUGCCAAAGCUGGGCUUAGCUUAGCCCGCUUAGCUUAGCCCGCUUAGCUUAGCCUGCCGAACUACGUGAUGUUUACGCUUGCAAGCACUACAGAGACUGGAAGCAUGGCUGGGUGGAUGUUGCCAUCACCCAGCGUCAAUAGAAAGUUCCGCAGGGCAUAUCGCACAAGUUUUAUGGCUACUGAAUAUGCUUCGCUAUCACACCAUCGUAAAGUCGAAAUAUCGUAACUCAAACUCUAUAAUGCGAAGAGAAUGUAUAUUGCUUUGCAGAGAAACAGGGCUAAUAGGCCAGGGUAUCUUGGCUGGCUGUAGUAAUAAAGCUUCUCAAUAGCUCCAGUUGGGGCUCAGCUUACAUGAAAGGUGACCUGUUGUUUCAGGGUCCAGCAAGUUGAAAUACGGACUCAAUACUAAAGUAGCGUUGAGAAAAUUGAGGGAGAAAGAAGAUAUGUUUUCCAGCUUUAAUGGGAUAUACAACUCCUUAGAGUAUAAGAAACAUUUGCAAAUGAUAGUGACAUCUUGUAGAGUACCGGCUGGGCUAUAGGGGGCAAAGGGACAGUAAUAUUGCAGAGGGUUAAGAUCUCUUAAUUCAGCUGCCGUGCUUUAGCAUAGCCGCUAAAUGAGUAUGCUAGAAAUGUAACCUAUAAAACUGAACUUAUAAUUUCAUACUGAACUUACAUAAAACUGAACUUAUUAUUUCAUACUGGAGACUCGUCUCCCAUUUCAACCUCAGUCCCUUCUUUACCCAAGCAUGUAAUUGUUCUGCGGCAUUGCCCUGUGAAAUGACAAUUCAUUGAAAAACAAUGAAUCGCUAAUAUAUUUUUUAAAAGUGCUUUGCACAAUGCCAGGUGAUAUCCCAUUAAAAAAAGACAAUUUUUUCUAUACCACACUUCCAAUCAACUUCAUCAUUCUACUUAGACAAGUCGAGCUAUAAAAAAAUAAUAAUCAUGUUUGAUAUCUAAAAAUUAAAUUUAGGGGACAUACUGAAUGCAGACGUCCAUAGUUCAGUGGUUUGAAAAUGAGCUGUACAUCCUGCAGAUGUUGCUCUGUUACACUUGAAUGUUACAUUUUUUUGAUAGGUACAGUACUAUGGAGAAGUCUUAGGCAGUCAAAGAAAAUGAUGUUUAAAUGAUCUUCAAGUUAGUGUAAAACUAUAUUAUGUCAGCUUCACAAUUUACAGAGACCAUCCAGUACACCCAUGCAUUUUUUGACUUGACCACUGCCCCACUUUGUUCAGCUAAUUAAUGUAACAAAUAAAGUUAAUUGAGUUUUCAUACAUUCUAAUAUAUUUUUUCUGAUCUGAAAUACACUAUAGAAAUAACCUUAAACCUUUUUUGCCUGCCUAAGUCUUAAGUCCUAAAAAUAAUUGAUUGAUUGAUUGAUUGAUUAGAAAGUGUGAUCAGUAGUUGUUUUAAAACCUUGACAUAAACUGACACUGAAGAUUGGAAACCCUUGAAAUUAUAGGGAUGGACACAAGAUUUACUUGUGUUCAAAAAUAAAUAAAGCCAACUAAAACUAAUCAAAUCGAUUUGAUUUGAACGAAAACUAAAGGCAAGCAAAUAUUUUGCCCCCAAAUUGGUUAAGGGCUUUUCACAUAAUUGUAAAUUCUUUAAAUAUGUGAAAUGUGCUCUGUCUUCCAACUGACAUUUUAAUCGUAAUGAUAUGUACUAAAAUAAACUUUAAAAAUUA